AUAUGAAAAACUUAUCGUACCUGAGAGAUCGAAAUGCUACUAAACUAAAAUCCGUCAUUUUAACCCACAACGACAACCAGUAGUCCCAGACUGACGAGUACCGGCCCCUUCUGCGAUUCCCCGGCGGUGUCGAACCAUUAGUGCUCGGUGGCGAUUGAAAUACACGCGCAAACGUUCUUCUGAAGAAAAGAAUUGAAGAAGUAAAGUAACAUGGGUGCCUCAGAAUCUAGUCUUUCAAGUUCACAGAAAAUGACAGACGAAAUCACUACUGUCACUGAGAGAUCAGAAGCUUUGGAUCCCAUUUUGGAGAAGCUCAAAUCCCUCAAAAUUACAAGGCCAAUAUUAACUUCAACUCCGAAGGAAGAGGGUAGCUUGAAUGACAUUUUGGUGAGGAAGGCAUCGUCUUCUUCAGCUCUUGCAACUGUAAAUCCAAAUGUGUUAUUGGAGCUCAUCUCAAUAUAUCGUGAUUGGCAAGACGGGAAGGUUCAGCAGAUAAGCAUGAAACAGGAGGAGAUAGAAAAUAAGAUAGAAGUGGCAGAUGCUUUGGCAAUUAAACUUCUUCAAAGGCUUAACUACUCUGUGUCAGCAAUGAAGACUUCUUCACAGCAUCUAUCAGAAGGUACUUCACAACAUACCGAAUGGAAAUGGAUUACUGACAGAUUAUGGAACCAGAUACAUAAAUUAUCAGAGAAUUGAUUGUCUCUCAG